AACCGUAAUACAGAUACAAAAUUUUUACCUAUAAAUUAUUUUUAAUUGUUUCAUUAACUCUUUUUACUGCCCCACUAUGUACUUCUACUAGUUUGGUUCUCACUACUCACCACUCAGCAUAAUCUGCAACAGCUUUAUGAGUUGUUUAGCCUAGGCCCAUAUCAGUAAAACUUUCCAUCUCCAGCCCAAUUCAAAAUAAAAGGCCCAAGAGUGACUAGCCCGGCCCAGUAUAUCUAUCAGCCUGUGCCGCCCAAAUCCGGUGAUCCAAAAUCGUUUCCCCCUCUCCCUCCCAUUUUCAAGUUGUUUCGAACAAUUCUCUUCAAUCCCUCAUCAUUUCCCCCAAAAUCGCGCGGCCGUCUCCGGCCAAAUCCACGCCGCCGCCGCCGCCGCCGCCGCCGCCGCCGAGGACGACGCAGCGGUGCCCUCGUUUCGGCCUCCCGUAUCGCCCUCCGUCGAGCCGAGCCACCGAGACUGGCUGCGUGGUAUCGUCCUCACGAGGAGCGGCAAUCCGAAGGAGCGCCUCCUCCCGAUGAAGACCAUAUGCGGAUCCCUCAUGCACGAGCUCCAGGUCAUCUGGGACGAGGUCGGGGAGCCCGAGGCCGCGAGGGACAGGAUGCUGCUGGAGCUCGAGCAGGAGUGCCUGGAGGUGUACAGGAGGAAGGUGGACCAGGCGAACCGCUCCCGCGCCCAGCUGCGGCAGGCGAUCGCUCAAUAUGAAGCUGAACUCGCCGCCAUCUGCUCCGCCAUUGGCGAGACGACGGUCCACGUCAGGCAGUCUAAUCAGAAAGCAUGUGGAUUACGGGAUGAGCUCGGUGCAAUAUUACCAUACCUAGAAGAGAUGAAGAGGAAGAAGGUUGAAAGAUGGAACCAGUUUCUUGAUGUCGUAGGAAGGAUAAAGAAGAUCUCAUCUGAGAUAAGGCCAGCAAAUUUUGACCCUUUUAAAGUGUCUGUGGAUCAAUCUGAUCUAUCAUUAAGAAAGCUUGAAGAGUUAAGGGUGGAGCUGAAGUCCCUUGAAAAGGAGAAGGGUGAGAGGGUAAAGCAAGUUAUGGAAUAUUUGAAGACUUUACAUUCUUUAUGUGUAGUACUUGGUGUCGACUUCAAGAAAACAAUAUCUGAAAUACACCCUAGUCUUGAUGAAGCUGAAGGGCCAAGGAAUAUAAGCAACACUACAAUUGAGAUGCUAGCAUGGGCGAUUCAGAGACUUCGUGAAACAAAAAUGCAGAGGAUGCAGAAGCUUCAAGAUCUUGCAUCUACCUUGCUAGAACUAUGGAAUCUAAUGGAUACGCCAUUUGAAGAGCAGCAGGCAUACCAGAAUAUAACAUGUAAUAUUGCUGCUUCAGAGGCUGAAUUAACAGAACAGAACACCCUUUCCAUUGAGUUCCUCAACUAUGUGGAAGCUGAGGUAUUAAGGCUUGAACAGCACAAAGCAAGCAAAAUGAAGGAGCUUGUUCUCAAGAAGAAAACAGAACUAGAAGAACAUCGACGACGGGCACAUUUAGUUGGAGAGGAAGGUUAUGCAACUCAGUUCACAAUUGAGGCCAUUGAAGCAGGGGCUAUUGAUCCCUCUUUGUUGCUCGAGCAAAUUGAGGCUUAUAUUUCAACAGUGAAAGAGGAAGCUUUUAGCAGGAAGGACAUUCUCGAGCGAGUUGAGAAGUGGCUAAAUGCACGUGAGGAAGAGGCUUGGUUGGAAGAUUACAACAAAGAUGACAACCGGUAUAAUGCUGGGAGAGGUGCACACAUUAUGCUUAAGAGGGCUGAAAAAGCGCGUGUUCUGGUUAGCAAGAUUCCAGGAAUGGUAGAUGUUCUUGAAACAAAAACCAGAGCUUGGGAAACUGAAAGAGGCAAUGAGUUCACAUAUGAUGGCGUCCGACUUAUAUUGAUGCUUGAAGAAUACAUGGUUGUUCGUCAAGAGAAAGAGCAGGAAAGGAAGAGGCAAAGGGAUCAAAAGAAGCUUCAAGAUCAACGCAAAGCUGAGCAGGAGGCACUUUAUGGAUCAAAGCCAAGCUCUUCAAAAUCUCACAGCACUAAGAAGGUACCCAGAAACUCCACACCUGGAGUUCAACCUCCUAAAUCAGAGAUACUUCAUUCAAAGACUAUUCGUGCAACCAAGAAAACGGAAGAUAUCAACACUCCUUCCCCUGGUCAUAAAGGUUUAGACACUGUUGGUCUCCCUAUCAGGAAGUUAUUUCCAUCUUCCAACUCGAGCACUCUUCUUGAGAUGGAGACACCCCGGAAGCCCUUCUCUCAGAUUACACCUGGAAACAUAUCCUCAGCUCCUGUGCGUCCAAUCUCCACUGGUGGUACUGAAGAGAACAGGACUCCCAAGACAUUUGCACCAGUUCCUACGACUCCGAUGACAGUGAGCCCUCAUAUGCAAAUGGCAGUGACGCCUGUUCUUACCGCAAAAGCUGUUUCUGUACUCUCUUAUGACGAACCGGAGCUGACUUCACAAGAGGACACCGAGUACUCAUUUGAAGAGAAGCGUCUUGCAGUCUAUCUUGCCGCACAAGUGGCUUGACUGUCAAGGAUGCUGAUACAUCCGUUGUGUAGCUGAAAGUCUGAACCUUUGAUAGCAUUUCUCAUGUUACAGAGACUUGUGUAGGUCGACAGCAGUCGGCCUUAUUCAUAACCAUACUUUACGUUUUCAUCCCAUUGUUAAAGUAGUUACCUUGUUACUGCUGGCACUUGUCACCUGAUGAUGUGAACCAUUACCUUUCUUCGCUAUGUUGAUGGUUAUCAUUAGGUGGCUGAGACAA